CGGGCGAGCAGUGACCAGGAUCGUCCCUUCGUAGCGAAGGAAGGACCAAGCCUUCUUUUCCCGGCGCGACCUUUGCUGCGCUAAGCAGUCUCCCUUGGCGGAUGCUUGCGUUAGCUGGCUGCAAACGGAGUCCGGCUGAUCAUGUGAGGCAGAUCUGCCCGCCCAACCUCCUUCCCUCUCUGGGCCCAAGCAGGAUACCGCCUCCUCGAUCUCACCGGCUUUAGGAGGAGCUGGCGGAGAGUGAGCUCAGGCUUUCUUCGGCGACCAAUAGCUUUGCCACACGAGGCUUCGGACUGAACUCGGGAGUUGCUGCUUCUGCUUUUGGAUGUGACCGUGCGCCUCCCUCUUGGGUUUGGGUGCAGUUGUUUCCAGUUCAGAUUCGCGGGGGCUCCGGAGAUCGCGCAAGAAAAGGAGUUGGGUGGGGGUCGAAAUUCGGGUCUCCAUCUUAGGAGGCUUCCUAAUCAAAGUGGAUCUAAUUGGUGAGACUUUCUGCAGCUUCUUCACACUAGCACGUCUUUCACUUUGGAUUACUUCGGAAACUUUCAUUAAAGGAACGCCCUUCCCUUGUUCAGGGAGCUGCCUGCCUCGCAUGGAUUUGUGCCCCCUCCUGGGUAUUGUUUUCGCGCCGGCUGUCUCUAAGCCUUGGCGUUUCCAGGAGGGGCCUCUGUUGUGGAUUGUUUUUGUUUCUAUGGAGAAACGCAAUGAGCUGUUCUACUCCUCAUGACGGGGAAAUCCGCCUUCAGUUUUUUAUACGCAUGGAAAGGAGUCCUUGAUACAUGCCUGCCAGGAAAUAAAACCAGCAAAAGAAAAGAAAUGAGUCGUCAAACUGCUACAGCGCUUCCCACGGGUACCUCCAAGUGCACACCAUCACAGAGGGUGCCUGCAUUGACUGGCACCACCGCUUCCAACAAUGACUUGGCUAGUCUCUUUGAGUGUCCUGUCUGUUUUGACUAUGUACUGCCACCUAUUCUGCAGUGCCAAAGUGGCCAUCUUGUUUGUAGCAACUGUCGUCCCAAGCUCACAUGCUGUCCAACCUGCCGAGGCCCACUGGGUUCAAUUCGUAACUUGGCUAUGGAAAAGGUUGCCAACUCUGUACUGUUUCCUUGUAAAUAUGCCUCCUCUGGCUGCGAAAUCACUUUGCCCCACACUGAAAAAGCAGACCACGAAGAGCUUUGUGAAUUCAGGCCUUAUUCGUGCCCAUGUCCUGGUGCUUCUUGUAAGUGGCAAGGCUCUCUAGAUGCUGUCAUGCCUCAUCUCAUGCACCAGCAUAAGUCAAUAACGACGCUACAGGGAGAAGAUAUAGUUUUCCUUGCUACAGACAUUAAUCUUCCUGGUGCCGUUGACUGGGUUAUGAUGCAGUCUUGUUUUGGCUUUCACUUCAUGCUUGUAUUGGAGAAACAGGAGAAAUAUGAUGGUCACCAGCAGUUCUUUGCAAUUGUACAGCUGAUAGGAACACGGAAACAAGCUGAAAAUUUUGCUUAUCGACUUGAGCUAAAUGGUCAUAGGCGACGAUUGACUUGGGAAGCAACUCCUCGAUCAAUUCACGAAGGGAUUGCAACUGCCAUCAUGAACAGUGACUGUCUAGUCUUUGACACCAGCAUUGCACAGCUUUUUGCAGAGAACGGCAAUUUAGGCAUUAAUGUGACGAUUUCGAUGUGUUGAAACCGCGAUCUGACGUUUUCAGGCCAGUGUCUAAAAACAACCCACAGCAUUCAGUUUCAUAGAACAAAGGUAAACAUCUUUGACUGCCAGAUGUGAACAAUUUGGUAGGGAGAGGUUAGCAUAUAUGGAGGUAAAUUAAUAGGAAGGCUGUUAAAGUACAGGAAACAGUUGCAUGUAAUAACACUAAUAUAUUUAAAAUAAGUCAGCAGUAAACCACUGAAAAUAUAUAUAUAUGCGUGUAUGUGUAUAUAUAUAUAUAUUCUACCCAAAAUGGGCAUCUUUUUGUAUUAAGAACUGAUUGAAUGAAAUGUGUUGUAAAAUAAUUCUAAACUUGUUUGUAGAUUGAUUGUACGUUUGGAACAGAUACUGUUUUGUGUUUAAUUUGUAUUCUUUUCCUUUGACUGACAAGCCAUGCAAGGCGGUCCAGUCUCUGGCCGCUACUUCCCCCUAUUCUUCCUCCCCUCCCACUGCGUAAGUCACUACAUAGUAUUGCUGCUGUUCUUGUGUAAAUUUUCUGUGUAUUUGCUAAUUUUUAUUAACUUCUAGUUUUUCAUUAAAUAAAUGAUUUUUUUCUUUUAUGUAA